AGAGCCACAAGCAGGUUUCUUGGGCUCUUCCUGGCCAGGAAGCUGGGAGGAAGACCACCUGCAAGGCGUGCCACUGCCCCUCCUCCCUCCUCCCUCUGUGCCUGGAAGGGCCGGCAUGGAAACAGCCAGCAACAAUCCCACUGGGGUCAAGUUUCCACCCCUCACUAUGGCUCAGCUCAAAAACUACACCCAUCCUGAGAUCCUGGCCCGCACCUUUGAGAACCUGUCUAACCUCCACAGGCUGCUCCCAAGUCAUCUGACAGAGACGCUCUGUUGCUACAAGAGUGAAGAGGACAAGCAAAAAUGCGAGGAUCCUGAGUUCUCCGGCUUGGAGAAGGUCUUGGCAAGGUAUCAGCUGCCAGAAGAGGUUCACCUGAGCCCAAAGCCGAGCAAAAUGCCGUCGUGGAAAAGAAAAUCCAUCAACAGUGUAAGUGAAGGGUGGAAGAAGUGCCAUUUGUGGAAGAAGAAUACAGAGGAACCUCCCAUGUCCACCAUAGUGGUCAGAUGGCUGAAGAAGAACAUGCAGCCCACCGAGGACCUCAAGUCGGUGAUAAGUAAGCUCUCAGUGUUUGGCCCCAUCCAGUCUGUGACCCCGUGCGGACGCCAGAGUGCCACAGUGGUCUAUGAGGACAUGAUUUCAGCCUGCCGCGCGGUGAGCGCUUUCCAAAGCCAGGUCCUGGGCACCAUGUUCCAGUGCUCCUGGAAGCAACGAUUCCUGUCUAAAAACAAUGCUUACUCAAGAAAUGCUGACAAGACCCAGCCUAAGAAAAGCUUUAAUAACCAAGAAACUGAAGAAAGAAACAAAAAGAGACAAGUGUAGCCGAGGGACCACAAGCAGGAACAUCGCAGUGCCUUCUGGGUAUCUAGAACUUCCCUGAAGCUCAUAAUGAUAAGCGAAGACUGCCCAGUCUUGUUACAUGACGACGACUAGUCUCCCUGCACAAAUCAGACCACAAAGAAUAGGAAUCGUGUUGAAACUCGACAGUCUCCGAGGGAGAUCAGAAGAGUAAGACCAGCUCCACUAUACCUGUAGGUUCAUAGCAUUUUUUUUAGCCGGCCGGUUAAACAUGAUCUGCGAGAUGCCGCCCUCGGAGGUCACCACGAGGGUCUCAUAUCCGGCUCUGUUAGCGGCUCCCGGCCCCGCUAGACGUGAGGGGUCUGACGAGGCGCUCAGACUGGACGCCAAGUGCACAUAGCUCCGCCUGGCAGUUUCCUGAAGAACAGACAACAACUUCAGCUCGUGGGUAAGGAAUGAGCAUGCUAAGAUAGCAAUGAAUAAAUAGCACUUUGCAAAAGGAAGA